UAUGUCGAUUGAAAGUUCGUGAAAUAUUGUUCCAGAGAAAUUUUACGAAUAUACUAGUAAAAACGAACAAUUUUGAUCAAAAUAAUGAACAAGUUAAAAUUAAACCAGAAGGACAAGGUGAAGAAGUUCAUAUCCCUCACACAGACAGGAGAGCAGACAGCAAUAUACUGUUUGCAAAACAAUGAUUGGAAGUUGGAUCUGUCGUGUGACAAUUAUUUCCAGAAUCCUGACAUUUACUAUCGGGAGCUGGAUCGAAAGAAAAUCGAGCAGCUUUUCAUUCGCUAUCGCGACCCUGCUGAUCCCAAUAAGAUAAAUUCGGACGGCGUAGUCAAAUUCCUGGACGACUUAUACCUUAGCCCGGAAUCCAAGCUAGUGCUCAUUAUCGCCUGGAGGUUCAAAGCAGAAGCACAGUGCGAGUUCAGCAAGGAGGAGUUUGUAAAUGGCUUCGGUGACCUGGGCGUAGAUAGCGUAGAUAAACUGAAAGCCAAGCUGCCUGUGCUAGAGAUAGAACUGAAGGAUCCAAUGAAAUUUAAAGACUUUUACCAGUUCACUUUCAACUACGCAAAGGAUCCGGGCCAGAAAGGGUUGGAUUUGGAGAUGGCAAUUGCUUACUGGAAUAUAGUACUUAAGGACAGGUUUAAAUUUUUGGAUCUCUGGUGCAAGUUUCUGGUGGAAAACCACAAACGAUCGAUUCCGAAAGACACAUGGAACCUGCUGCUAGACUUUGCAACCUACAUCGAUGACAGUAUGUCCAACUACGAUGCAGAAGGAGCUUGGCCGGUGCUGAUUGAUGACUUUGUGGAAUGGUGCCAGCAACAGAACAAGGUUAGCCAUCCUUCGGUAAUCACUUCCACCAGUAGUGCAGCAGUUGGAGUUCAUUUGCCGUCCGCGUCUUCAUCCACCGCUUCUUCGCCAUCAUCUACGGUCGCCAAUCCGUACAGCGCUAGCAAAGGUAACCCAUACAGUAGUACGACGACUAAUAUGUACUACUGAAUCGGUUCGUUCUCGUUACCUAAUUUUCGCUGCUUGAUAAAAAAAACUAUCUCCUGCUAAUUUUAAUGGAUAACUUGUUUUCCUUUUAUCGCUCUCAUGCACCGGACAAGUUUUGCUGCAAUCACUAUUAUCGCUUAAGAUCUUAAAUGUGAGUGGUUUCAGAAAAAUUUCCAACACGCACUCUUGCCUCUUACCCAUUACUGGGAAAUAUGGCAAAGCGUUCUAUGUCAAUGACUUUUGUUCGUGGCACUCAAACUAGAACUAGAACUUUUGCGGUGGAUUUGUCCGCCGUGUAAGAAGUCAAGCCAUAGACAUUGAAGAGAUCUAAGUGGAUACAUAGAGAAACAUGGAAUUUUAUUCUAAUUUACAGUAGACAUCAUGCAGCAAACUCAGUUUGAACAUUAGAAUAGUAGUGUAAAAUACAUUUCGAUUAUUAAAAAAUAAAGAAAGAAACAAAUCUUUGGUAGUGAUGCAAAUAACGAAAACUAUUUGAAUUCAUUAAAUGUUGAAAACGUAUAUACUAUGCUAUUAUUACAAUUAGUACCAUUAAAUAAUGAUGUAAUAAAA